AUGAUGGCUCAAGGCACCGCUGGGCUCCUGCGGAGGGGCCUGAACAUCAGCAAAACCUGCUUCUUCCCUCUCUGUGGGACGACUCAGCAGCACCACACACCAGCUGCACGUGCGUUAAGAAGAGGCUUCAGCUCCACGCAGAAGCUCUGGGAUGUCCCUGGGGAGUCCAGCUCUGCAGAGCAGGUGACAGUGCACUUCAUAAAUCGGGAUGGAGAGCGACUGACGGCCACAGCCACGGAAGGGGAGAGUUUGCUGCAAGUGGUAGUUAAUCAAAACUUGGCCAUUGAUGGGUUUGGUGCAUGUGAAGGGACAUUAGCCUGCUCCACUUGUCACCUCAUCUUUGAGAAGGACACCUUCCAAAAGCUGGAUGCCAUCUCAGAUGAAGAGCUGGACAUGCUGGACUUAGCAUAUGGACUCACUGAGACGUCACGCCUUGGCUGCCAGGUGUGUGUUAAGAAGUCAAUGGAUGGUGUGACAGUGCGUGUCCCCAUGGAUGUGUCAGACAUCAGGAACCAGAUGGAGGUUGGAAAGUAA